CGUCGUGGCUGCUCGGUUUUUGUUUUUUUGGGGGGGGGGAGGCUGCUGCGUUGGCGUUGCUGGCGCUGGAUGCCAAGAUCACGUCGAGUCUAGAUGAGCUGCGUGCGAAAGUUGUAUCGGAAGAAGGUGCUGGAGUGUGGUGUGUGCGAGGACGUCUUCUCUCUGCAAGGGGACAAGGUCCCUCGUCUCUUGCUCUGCGGUCACACAGUGUGCCACGACUGUCUAACCCGGUUGCCCCUACACGGUCGAGCAGUCCGCUGCCCCUUCGACAGACAGGUCACUGAGCUGGGAGACUCUGGAGUUUGGGGUCUGAAGAAGAACUUUGCUCUGCUUGAACUCUUGGAGCGACUCCAGAAUGGAGCUACCAACCAGUCGGGAAUGGCGGAGGACGCCCUGAAAGGGAUGGGAGAAUGUAUCAUCCGCUGUGACGAGGACGAGAGCCACACAGCCUCUAUGUACUGCACCGUGUGUGCCACCCACCUGUGUGCCGAGUGCUCCCAGCUCACCCACUCCACCCGCACACUGGCCAAACACCGCCGGGUGCCGCUGGCGGACAAGCCCCAUGAGAAGACCCUGUGCCCGCAGCAUCAGGUCCACGCCAUCGAGUUCGUCUGCCUGGAGGAGGCCUGUCAGUCCGGACCGCUCAUGUGCUGCGUGUGCAAGGAGUACGGCAAGCACCAGGGACACAAGCAUGCUGUUCUCGAGACCGAAGCUAAUCAGAUCCGUGCGUCCAUUCUGGACAUGGCCCACUGCAUCCGCACCUUCACGGACGAAGUGUCCGAGUACUCGAGGAAGCUGGUGGGCAUCGUGCAGCAGAUAGAAGGCGGAGAGCAGAUAGUAGAGGACGGAGUUGGCAUGGCACACACUGAACACGUCCCCGGCACAGCAGAGAGCGCACGUUCCUGCGUCCGAGCUUACUUCGCAGACCUCCACGAGACUCUGUGUCGGCAGGAGGAGAUGGCGCUGAGCGUGGUGGACGCUCACGUCAGGGAGAGGCUGAUCUGGCUGAGGCAGCAGCAGGAGGACAUGACCAUCCUGCUGUCUCAGGUCUCCACCGCCUGUCUGCACUGUGAGAAAACACUUCAGCAGGAUGACUGCAGAGUUGUUCUGGCAAAGCAGGAGAUCAACUGUUUGCUGGAGACGCUUCAGAAGCAGCAGCACCAGUUCACAGAGCUGGCAGAUCACAUUCAGCUGGAUGCUGGCAUCCCCGUCACCUUCACUAAGGACAACCGGGUUCACAUCGGUCCAAAGAUGGAGAUCCGUGUGGUAACUCUGGGGCUCGACGGAGCAGGAAAAACCACAAUCCUCUUCAAGCUGAAACAAGAUGAGUUCAUGCAACCCAUCCCCACCAUCGGUUUCAAUGUGGAGACAGUUGAAUAUAAGAACUUGAAAUUCACCAUCUGGGACGUGGGUGGCAAACACAAGCUCAGACCCCUCUGGAAACACUAUUAUCUGAACACUCAAGCGGUGGUGUUUGUGAUUGACAGCUGCCACAGGGACAGACUGAUGGAGGCUCACAGUGAGCUGGCCAAACUACUGACGGAGAAGGAGCUGAGAGACGCCCUGCUGCUCAUCUUUGCCAACAAACAGUGUGUGUGUGUGCAGGAUGUUCCCGGCGCCGUGUCCGUGGAGGAGAUGACGGAGCUGCUGAGCCUUCACAAGCUGUGCUGUGGGAGGAGCUGGCACAUUCAGGGCUGCGACGCCCGCAGCGGGAUGGGCCUCCACGAGGGGCUGGAUUGGCUCUCCAGACAGCUGGUGGCCGCUGGUGUCCUGGACGUUGCCUAAAUGUCACCUCCCUCUACAUCGCUAUUCUGGUCUGACUCUCUCCCUUAGUGACUGAACCCAACCCCCCCCCCACACACACACACACACACACACACACACACACACACACACACACACACACACACACCACUUCUAAACACUAACUUUUAAGACGAGACUGCAGCUUUAAGCCUGCCCUCUUCAUCUUUCCUUCUUUGCGCACCAUUGUUGGCAAAGAAAACAAAGAUGUAAAUACUUUCUCUAGCUUCAUUGAAACAUGGAAACUACAAAAAUUUAAGGUCUGUGCAACCGGUUACACCCACCCUCUGAGAAAUAAACCCACCAGCCACAAAAAAACUUCCCAUCCUGCUUCAGUUCUAAGGCAGCUUUCAAGUUCUAACACAUGGCUUACUUUAGUUUUUCUGUUCUAACCUUUUUCUUUAUCUGGCAUCCAUAGCUAGUCGACUUCGGUCCAGUAAAAUGUUAAAAAUGCUCCUUGUGCCCUGCCAGAGUGGACUCUAUCUGUAUUUUCUAUCUCACAUCGUAACCACCACCGUAUGUGACAGUAACCUCAACUAAACGCAGAGUAGUCUGUAUUGUAAUGAUAGUAUAAUUUACGUACCUUCUUUUUUGUUGGCGACGCAUCCGAUAACCCUGAGAAAUAACUACACUUCAGUGAAUCCGCAGGCGAGAUGGGGACAGAAACGUCCACUCUGGUGUGAACCAGCCCAGAGGACUUCCAGUGGCUUCAGACUGAUGGUCAAAUGUUCAAAUUUUGACUGUUUUGUUUUCUCACUUUGCCUUGACAUCUAACGUAAGCAAUAGCAGUCGAUGUUUCAUGGGAUCUUUAAAUUAUGUGUACAAGUUUUUUUUUUUUUUUUUAAGUGUACCGUAUGAACCUAUUUAAUGCCACAGCUGGUCUUGAAAUGGCGAACCAGUAGACUUUAGGUUGGAGUGUAGUGGUUUUCUGUUACACAACUGUUUACUGAACUUAUUUAUGAGCGGGAACAUGGACGUUACUUUUGAGGCUUUUUUCGUGAGAGAUUCAGAGUCUUUACGCACCGAUUCUGCCUCCGUUUUGUGGAGUGUCCCGCACGCAGAAUUUGUGGAAUGCACUUGUUUGCCGCCUCACUACCACUUUUCACUUGGAAGCAAAUUAACUAUCUGCUGUUUAUAAGUAGACUCUGAAUAUUAAUCUCACCGCAAAAACAAAAUGUCUUGUGAAAAUAUUCCUAUUUAAACAUCUCACAAGUCCAAGUUUAUCUGUCCGGAGUGCAGGUACACCUUUAAUCUACAGCCUUCAGUAAUAAUGUAAUGUGAAACUUAGUGAAGCAUUAAACCUAACACUGACACUUGUCUUGUUAUUAAGGAAACCAUCGUUUGACUUUGAUUUAAUCUUUAUUCAUUGCUAUGUAAUGUUUACUACUUGUAUCUAUGUAUAAAAAUGCAAAUAAAAAAUAAAAAAAUGCACGUGUGAAAAGCCUUUCCACAUAGUUUGUGAAAACAUUUCCAUUUGUUUUUGAACUGUAGAAGCACAAUGCGCGUUGAAACCUUUGUUACCAGUGGACUUGAUAAUGGCUUUUGUAAAUUAUUCAUAAUGUGAUGCUGUAAAAUAAACUAACUGACCUUA